AUGAACGACAAACCACCCACUGGACGAGGGAAGUUCUUUGGCCGCACUGUAGUGAUCACUGGUGCUUCACGAGGCAUUGGUAAAGAAAUUGCGCUGAAACUUGCCAAGGAUGGUGCCAACAUUGUUGUUGCUGCAAAAACUACAACAGCCCACCCAAAACUACCGGGGACGAUCUAUACUGCGGCUGAAGAGAUUGAAAAAGCCGGUGGCAAAGCUCUCCCUUGUGUUGUUGACGUCAGGGAUGAGGAAUCCGUUAGAUCAGCAGUAGAGUCAGCCGUAAAGAAAUUUGGAGGUAUAGACAUACUCAUCAACAAUGCGUCAGCAAUCAGCCUCACGAACACUGAAGACACACCGAUGAAACGAUAUGACCUUAUGCAUUCAAUUAAUACGAGAGGAACUUUCCUCAUGUCGAAGAUGUGCCUUCCGUAUUUGAAACAAGGCAAGAACGCACAUAUUCUUAAUAUCUCACCGCCUCUACUUAUGGAAACAAGAUGGUUUUCUAACCACGUGGCGUACACUAUGGCUAAGUUUGGAAUGUCUAUGUGUGUGCUCGGUAUGCACGAAGAGUUCCGCCCAUAUGGAAUCGCUGUAAACGCACUGUGGCCGCUAACAGCAAUAUGGACGUCAGCUAUGGAGAUGCUCAGCGAUGGAGCGGGUGCUUCGGGUUCUAGAAAGGCAGAUAUCAUGGCUGAUGCAGCUUAUGCCAUGUUAUCUAAGAAUAGCCACGAGUACACGGGAAAUUUUGCGAUUGAUGAAGAAGUCCUGCGAGCAGAAGGUGUCACCGAUUUCACGAGAUACGCAGUUGAUCCAGAUGCACCACUUACGGCUGAUUUCUUCAUUCCGAAUGUUGAGAAUUACCCACUAACUUUUUCUCAAUCACCUGAGCGGCAAAAAAGUGUCGAUAGUCUGAAGAAGGCAGCUCUUGAAGAGGAUAUCGGCAACGUUCUUACCAAUAUGAAGAAGCUAGUCUCGAAAGAGUUGGUGGACAAGAUGUCAGCCGUUUACGAGUUUACAUUAACUGGAGGCCAGGAAAGAAAAAUUACACUCGAUCUCAAAAACGCCAGUGGAUCGGUAACCGAGCAUGGUGAUGACAAGGCUGAUGUCAAGUUCACCCUCGCAAAUACAGACUUCGCUCCACUGUUCAGUGGAAAGAUAACCCCUACAAACGCCUUCAUGGCAAAAAAAUUGAAGAUCAAGGGCGAUAUGAUGAAGGCGAUGAAACUGGAGGGUCUUCUGAAGAAAAUGAAUAAGAGUAAGCUCUAG